CAGCAGCAGAAGUUUCUCACCUUGGAAUGCGAGGGACGCUCCGGCAUCUGCAGCUCGUACUCACCUCUGUGCGAGAGGGCCUCAGGCUACUUUCUCCACCUCAUCUUGCCUAGGGGACUGCUGAUAGUCUCUGUCCUUGCUUCCCUUUUUAAUGUUACCUUCCAGGGGAAAGAGAGCAAGGAACAACUGGGUGCUAGAAAACUGACCCCGGGCCCUGCGGGCCUCUGGAGAAAGGAGACAGAAGAGGAGUGGCUGAGGCUGGGGGCCUCCAUGCACGGGCCAUGGACAGAGCAGCGCUCCUGGCCCUGCCCAGCUUGUGUGCGCUGUGGGCAGCUGUGCUGUCGCUGCUCCCCUGCGGAACCCAGGGCAACUGGAUGUGGUUGGGCAUCGCCUCCUUCGGGGUACCGGAGAAGCUGGGCUGCGCCGGCUUGCCGCUGAACAGCCGCCAGAAGGAGCUGUGCAAGAGGAAACCCUACCUGCUGCCUAGCAUCCGCGAGGGCGCCAGGCUGGGCAUUCAGGAGUGCAGAAGCCAAUUCCGACAUGAGAGGUGGAACUGUAUGGUCGCCACUGUCACCUCCACCCAGCUCGCCACAGCCCCCCUCUUUGGCUAUGAGCUGAGUAGCGGCACCAAGGAGACAGCAUUCAUUUAUGCCAUCAUGGCUGCAGGCCUGGUGCACUCUGUAACCAGGUCGUGCAGUGCAGGAAACAUGACCGAAUGUUCCUGUGACACCACCUUGCAGAAUGGUGGCUCAGCAAGUGAAGGCUGGCAUUGGGGAGGAUGCUCUGAUGAUGUCCAGUACGGCAUGUGGUUCAGCAGAAAGUUUCUAGAUCUCCCCAUCAGAAACACCACAGGAAAAGAAAGCAAAGUCCUGCUAGCCAUGAACCUACACAACAACGAAGCAGGACGGCAGGCUGUCGCCAAGUUAAUGUCUGUGGACUGCCGCUGUCACGGAGUUUCCGGCUCCUGUGCUGUGAAAACCUGCUGGAAAACUAUGUCUUCUUUUGAAAAGAUUGGGCAUUUUUUAAAGGAUAAAUACGAAAACAGCAUCCAGAUCUCAGACAAGACCAAGAGGAAAAUGCGCAGGAGAGAAAAAGAUCAGAGGCAGACACCCAUUCUCAAGGAUGACCUGCUGUACGUCCAUAAGUCUCCCAACUACUGCGUGGAGAACAAAAAACUUGGUAUUCCUGGGACACAGGGCAGAGAGUGCAACCGGACAUCAGGAGGUGCAGAUGGCUGUAACCUCCUCUGCUGUGGCCGAGGCUACAACACCCACGUAGUCAGGCACGUGGAGAGGUGUGAGUGUAAGUUUAUCUGGUGCUGCUACGUCCGCUGCAGGAGGUGUGAAAGCAUGACCGAUGUCCACACUUGUAAGUAACCUCUCCAUCCAGCCUAGUAUGAGACACCUCAGUAGCAACCAAAGGUGUUGCCAUCUGGAGUGCGCCCCCUACUGUGCACGGCUGGGGAAGUCACUGCCUGUAAGAGUGUUCCCAGACCCCUGGGCCAGUCUGCGAUUUCUUUUUUCUGGCAGACUUCACAUCACAAGUUGAUCAUGAGGAUUGCUUGGGAUUCUAAAGUUGAAAAGGUUGGCAGUCGCCGUUGGAUAGUUUGGGGAAUAUACAUUGACAUAUAGGAAACAGCGAUUUGUUUCCGAAUCAAUACGGAGAAAGAAGAAAAGAGAAAAGAAAGAAAAGGAAAGGAAAAGGAAAAAGGAAAAGGAAAGGAAAAAAGACUAGGGAAAAAUCCCUUAUCUCAGAGAACUGAUCCAGGCUCAGGAUAAGAUCUUAGACUGUGGACUUAGAGAAAUCAGUCAUGGUGGGUACACAUCGAUCAUUUUUUAAAGGCAUCUCUUAUAGGAGCUAGGAGCAGUACACGUGAAUUGCAUUUUUCCUUAGUAUUUUAAUAGAAUUAAGGAUAUUGUUUGUGCGUAGACAAGAGAUGCUGAAAAUUAACCAAGGGGCGGAUGCUUCCUUUACCCUUUCAUACACUUCAGAAGCAGGGCUGUUGAAAAGAUCCCCAUUAAGAGAUGGAGUAUCCCUUUAAAGUCUUUUUUAAAAAUAUGUUAAGUAAUAAAUAUAAUCAAAACGUAAAAGUAAAACAUGAUGUGGAUUUUUAAGUGUCUUUGACCAAGAAGAUUUGUCUGUGGAGUAGAAGACAUAUAAAGUUUAUGUGACUUUUAACCUUUGGAUUUAUCUUUUUUUAGUGUAGACCAGUUUCUACUCUUAAACACUCAAUUGUAAUAUACUGGGAGACUCUCUAAAAGGAGUUGAAGAAAAUGGAAGUAAAUAGAGAAAGUACCCUUAAUUAUGUAAAGGCAGUAUUUUGUAUAGUGUUUUACUUCAAAUGUUUUAUAUUUUGUAAAUAGAGUAUUUAACUUAAGUAACAUAUUAAAAUGUAAAGACAUUUAUCGUUAAAGUCUGAAAGUACCCGGAUAAUAAGACUACAUCAAGAAAUGAGAAUAACUUGAUUUUUUUCCAUACUACUAAUUCCUUCUUUGAACAUUGGGAAAAGGGCAGUCACCUGGAUGUGUAUUUCUUGCCAAAACAAUAGUUUUCUUUAAAAAGGAAAAAAGUUUUUGAGACAGGGUUUCUCUGCAUAACCAUGGCUGUCUUGAAGAGGACAGUUUUCUGUGCUAUGAAUUAAAGUGUGUUACAAAAUACUGAAGAUCGUGUUAUCUCAGUAGCCAGAAUAAUCGAAUUCUCUUUUCAACCUUA